AUGGAUUCUAUAAAAGAUACUACAGUUACUAAUACAGAAAAUGAUAAUAAAAUAAAUCAUUUAAUAGUUUUACAGCAUGGAUUGCAUGCCACAUACCAAGAUUUCAACUCUAUUAUUAGUAGAUUCGAAAAAGAAAAUUUUGAAAACUGUGAAUUUGUAGCAGCAAAAAGCAAUAGUUAUUUUUUAGCAACCCGUGAUGGUAUUGACAAAGUAGGUAAUCGAUUAUUUGUUGAAGUUAAAGAGCUAUACGAAAAAUACAAUCAUCCAAAAAAGAUUUCAUUUAUUGGACACAGUUUGGGUGGAUUGGUAGCCAGAUAUGCAAUUGGUUUAUUAUAUAGAGAUGGGUUUUUUAAAAUUUGUGAACCGGAUCAAUUUAUAAGUUUGUCAUCACCUCAUUGCGGUAGUAGAAGGCCAAGUACUACAGUUUUUAAUAAAGUGGCCCAUUAUUUUGUAGAUAGUUUUUUAUCAGUUACAGGAAGGCAAUUAAUACUUCAUGAUUCAGAUCUACCCGAUAAUAUUAAAGUAUUUCCCGAUACAUCAAAUUUACCUAAAGGAUUUGAAAAUACAACUACAAGUUCAAAUGAUCCAGCAAUAGUUUCAUCACCACCUCUUCAAAUAUCAUCACCAUCCAUUGAAGUUUAUAAAUCAGUUGGAAAUGAUGAAAAGUUAACAAUAAUUGAAAAAAAAGAAGAAAAUGAAGUUAUAACCAAUGAUCAAGAGGUUCCAAUGCCAUUAUUAGUUAAAAUGACUGAGGGUAUCUUUUUUGAAGGUUUAAAAUUAUUUAGAAAGAGAAUACUAUACUCCAAUAUUUAUAACGAUAUUCAAGUUAAUUUUUGUACAUCAGAUAUCUCUGCAAAAAACCCAUACACUCUUGGAAAGAUUAUGAAAUUUACAGAAAAGUAUUCCCAUAUAAUCGAAGAAGAAACUUUAUUAGAUAUAGACCCAAAACUAUUAGAAGAAGAAAUUAAUAGUAAAAACCAAAAUGAAAAUCAACCCAAAAUUGAAAAAACCAAAAAACUAUACGCAAUAUCAAAACAUAAUCACCAAGAUAAGAUAGAAGAUUAUUUUAGACACGACACUCAUCAUUUAUAUUUAAAAAGAAUUUUAACAAAUUUAAGAAAGUUAGAUUUUGUUCGAUAUCAUAUGUAUUUUAAAAACUUUUUAUCCCAUACAAAUAUAGUAGUAAAGAGAGAUUGGGUGAACAGUGAAGGUUGGGAUAUAGUUCAUCAUUUAGUCGAUCAUUUUGAACCAUAA